AUGCUUAAUAAAUUUACAUUAUUUCAUCUGGCUAUUUUUGUGUAUAUUGGUUAUGGAAUAAAAGUUAUUGAUAUUUUUAAUCAAAAAUAUGGAGAUAUAUAUGAAUUAAGAACAGUUUUUAAUGAUCCUUCUAAAAGUAAUAUUCAAAGGAAUGCAUUAAAACCGGGUAGUGAUAAAAAAUGGAAUAUUUUAAAUCAAGAAAAAGACCACUUUGUUAUUCCAUAUACAAUAAAAGGAAAAUUUAAUUUAACUGAAAGAAAAAUUGUAAGAAGAGCUAUGGAUGCCAUAGAAAAAAAUACUUGUAUUGUAUUUAAACCAAGAAAAAAAGAAAAAGAUUAUGUACAAUUUGAUAAUCAAUUUAAUGAAGGAUGUUAUUCAUUAGUUGGAAGAGAAGGUGGCCCUCAAACAAUUAUGUUAGAAUCAAAUAUCUAUCAAACAUGUUUAGCAUUUGAAAUAGUGGUUCAUGAAUUACUUCAUACAGUUGGUUUAUGGCAUGAACAAAUGAGAUUUGAUCGUGAUAGAUAUAUUAAAAUUCAUUAUGAAAAUAUUGAUAAAUGGAUGUAUCCUCAAUUUGCAAAAGUUGAUACUGAUGAAGCAACAACAUAUAAUAUACCAUAUGAUUACAAAUCAAUUAUGCAUUAUGGAAAAAAUUCUUUUGCAAGAGCUCCUGGUUUAAUAACAAUGGAAACAUUAGAUAAACGUUAUCAAGAUAUUAUAGGAACAGUCAAAGACGUAGCUAAAGCUGAUUACAAUAAAGUUUGUCUAAUAUACAAUUGUGAAAAAUGUAUGAAUGAUAAAAAUUGGAAAAGCAAACUUAAUAAUUUUGAAAAUAAACAAAAUGAUGAUGAGGCAAUAACUAAAUCUACAACAGAAAGUACUGAAAUACCAAAAAAAGUAACUUCAACUAUGGAGUUAUCUUCAACAACAUCAACACAAAAACAACAAACUACAACAGAUUAUGGUUGUAGUGAUUUAUUUCCAAAUGUUUGUAAAAGUUUAUUAAGUGACUCAGACAGCCCAAAAACAAUUUGCAAAAUGUUCGGUCCAAUUAUGGAUUCAUGGUGCUGCAAAUCAUGUAAAAUGGUUUAA